CGCUACUCAAGACUGUUCGUGAAGAUUUAAGAAUCGAGUUUUAACGUCAAACCUGCGCUUUCUGUCGUCCUAACUGUCGUUAUGCCGUUAGUCCAGCGGGGUUAUAAAGGCUCAGGAGCUCGUGUAACCGCUAUGGAGAGGUCGCUUUUUAAAAGUAUCGGCUAGCGGCUCGUUUUGAGCGAAUCCAGACCGUCCAGUCUCACUGUAGAUGGAAGUUUUGAAGUACUUUGCUUGUGUGUCUUUUUGUGUAACUGGUUGGGGAAGUUGUGAAUCCAUGGAGUGUUUCCGCUCUCCCCUCUCCUCUCCUCCCCUCCCCUCCCCUCCCUUCCCUCCUCCCUCUCUCCCUCCCCUGCUUCUCCCACAGAGAGAGCUGCUCCAUGCUGCCCCUGAGCCCGAGCCCGACGCUGCUCUCCACGCUGCUGCCCGCAAACUCCCGGACCACUCGCGCUUUUGGCCCACAGCUCGCCGCUGAGAGGUGCCGGUGGUCUGUUUAGGCUGUAAGAGCAGAGAUUUGUCCGUAGCGAAGUCACACCGACCACCGGGGGCUUUCUGCGGCGAAGGGGAACCCAACACUCUUUCUCAGGCGCUCUGUGGCUCAGCCGUGUUUCCCCCCGGUGUCUGCGCUGCUCGGUUCCGCGCCGUUGGAGCGCCAUUCCCGGGCUAUUUCAGUCGGAUCUCCGCUCGUGUGUAGCUGUGGUUUUUUUCGCUCCAAACUCGUGCAGAUGUCCGGGAUGCUACGGCUGUGUUAGAAGUGUUCGCUGUUAGCUUCUGGAUCGGACUUGCCGGCUAACUCACUCACUCUCCCUCCCAAAGCCGCAGGAGCCGCUGAAAAUGUCGCAUCCUCCUGCCAAGUUUAAGAAGGAUAAGGAGAUCAUCGCGGAGUACGAGAGUCAAGUCAAAGAGAUUCGAGCUCAGCUGGUGGAGCAGCAGAAAUGUCUGGAGCAGCAGACGGAGAUGAGGGUCCAACUCCUGCAGGACCUUCAGGACUUCUUCCGCAAGAAGUCAGAGAUUGAGAUGGAAUAUUCUCGCAACUUGGAGAAGCUUGCAGAGCGCUUCAUGGCCAAGACCAGGAGCACCAAAGACCACCAACAGUAUAAGAAAGACCAGAACCUCCUGUCUCCAGUGAACUGCUGGUAUCUGUUGCUGAAUCAGGUGCGGCGGGAGAGUAAAGAUCAUGCCACUCUGAGUGACAUCUACCUGAACAAUGUCAUCAUGCGCUUCAUGCAGAUUAGCGAGGACUCUACACGACUGCUCAAGAAGAGUAAAGAAAUAGCCUUUCAGCUGCAAGAGGAUCUCAUGAAAGUCCUCAACGAGCUCUACACGGUGAUGAAAACCUACCACAUGUAUCACACUGAGAGCAUCAGUGCAGAAAGCAAGCUGAAGGAGUUUGAGAAGCAGGAGGAGAGGCAGAUCGGCCGCUCUGGAGAUCCGGUCUUCAGCAUGCGGAUGGAGGACAAGCACCAGAGACGUAGCUCUGUCAAGAAGAUCGAGAAGAUGAAGGAGAAGAGGCAGGCCAAGUACUCUGAGAACAAGCUAAAGUCGAUCAAAGCCCGCAAUGAGUACCUGCUAACGCUGGAAGCCACCAACUCCUCUGUCUUCAAGUAUUAUAUUCAUGACUUGGCUGACUUAAUAGAUUGCUGUGAUCUGGGCUAUCAUGCCUCUCUGAACCGGGCUUUACGAACCUACCUUUCGGCCGAGUAUAACCUUGAGACAUCUCGUCACGAGGGCCUGGACAUCAUCGAGAACGCUGUGGACAGUCUGGACCCCCGCAGUGACCGCCAGCGCUUCAUGGAGAUGUAUCCCACUGCUUUCUGUCCUCCAGUCAAAUUUGAGUUUCAACCACACUUGGGGGAUGAGGUAUGUCAAAUCACUGCACAGCCCCCCGUCCAGGCUGAGCUGGUGCUCAGGUUCCAGCAGCUACAGUCCCGCCUGGCCACACUGAAGAUCGAGAACGAGGAGAUUAAGAAGACAUCUGAGGCCACCCUGACCACCAUCCAGGACAUGGUGACUAUUGAGGACUAUGACGUCUCUGAGUGUUUCCAUCACAGCCGUUCCACAGAGUCGGUCAAGUCCACCGUGUCCGAGACAUACCUUAGCAAACCCAGCAUUGCCAAGAGACGUGCCAACCAGCAGGAGACCGAGCAAUUCUACUUUAUGAAAUUUCGUGAGUUUCUGGAGGGCAGCAACCUCAUUGCCAAACUUCAGGCCAAGCAUGACCUGCUGAAGAGAGCACUGGGAGAAGGUCACCGAGCAGAGUACAUGACCACAAGCCGUGGACGGCGGAACUCUCACACCCGGCAUCAGGACUCUGGACAGGCAAUCCCGCGAGUGGUAGAGAGCUGCAUUCGAUUCAUCAAUCUUUAUGGCCUUCAGCAUCAAGGCAUAUUCCGAGUGUCAGGCUCUCAAGUUGAAGUCAAUGAUAUUAAGAACUCGUUCGAGAGAGGUAACGACCCUCUGACAGAUGAUGAGAAUAACCAUGACAUUAACUCAGUGGCGGGGGUUCUCAAGCUAUACUUCCGGGGUCUGGAGAAUCCCCUCUUUCCAAAGGAGAGAUUUAAUGAGCUCAUCUCUUGCGUCAGAAUAGAUAACCUGUAUGAGAGAGCGCUGUACAUUCGUAAGAUCCUCCUGACAGUCCCCAGAUCUGUUCUCAUCGUCAUGCGCUACCUCUUUGCAUUCCUCAACCAUCUGUCCCAGUACAGCGACGAGAACAUGAUGGACCCCUACAAUUUGGCCAUCUGUUUUGGCCCCACCCUCAUGCCCACUCCAGACAUCCAGGACCAGGUGUCGUGCCAGGCUCAUGUCAACGAGGUCAUCAAGACCAUCAUCAUCCACCACGAGACCAUCUUCCCUGAUGCCAAGGAGCUGGAUGGUCCUGUGUAUGAGAAAUGCAUGGCAGGAGGAGACUACUGUGAGAGUCCCUACAGUGAGCAUGGAGUGCUGGAAGAGGUGGACCAGGACGGGGGAGCAGAGACCCACACCAGUGAGGAUGAAGGUGAACCCAUUGAAGCUAUUGCCAAGUUCGACUAUGUUGGCCGCUCGGCUCGUGAGUUAUCCUUCAAGAAGGGGGCAUCUUUGCUGCUGUACCAGCGAGCGUCAGAAGACUGGUGGGAGGGCAGACACAAUGGCAUAGAUGGCCUGGUGCCUCACCAGUACAUCGUAGUGCAGGACAUGGAUGACACCUUUUCAGACACUCUGAGUCAGAAGGCUGACAGUGAAGCCAGCAGUGGGCAUGGAGGGGAAGAGAAGUGCUCCAGCAUAGAUUUGGGUUCUCCUGCAGAUAGACUACCUGAUGCCUACAUCAGCAGCCGUCACAGAAAGAGGAGUGAUCCACCGACCCGCAGGCCCCCGGCACGACCCAGCGACGCCCACUGCAUGAUCCACCCCUCUCAGAGCCACAGUAGCCAUGGCAACCACAGCAGCCAUGGUAGCCAUGGUAACCCAGACCGAGCUUCUCCCGUGCUGGGCCACUACAGUCCACGGGAGCUGCUGCGGGGUCGGGCCGCCGUGCCCAUGGACAGUCCUGAAAGACGCAGGCGCAUGGGCCACGGCAGCCUGACCAACAUCAGCCGCCAUGAGUCCCUGAAGAAGAUGGAGAGUCCCCCCAUCCGCCGGUCCACCUCCUCGGGACAGUAUACAGGCUUCUCCGAACCACACAGCAAAGGCCUGGACCCUGAGAGCAUCGCACAGGACAUAGAGGAGACUAUGAACACAGCUCUGAAUGAACUUCGGGAGUUGGAGAGGCAGAGCUCCGCGAAGCACGCUCCUGACGUGGUGCUGGACACCCUGGAGCAGAUGAAGAACGCUCCCACACCGGCCAGCUCCAGCGAGUCUCUGAGUCAGCUGCCCACUCUGAUGCUGCGGCCAGCUGCUGCUGACCCGCCAAUGCGCCGUUCGACCAGCUCAUCCAGUGACACCAUGAGCACCUUCAAGCCUGCCGCAACCCCACGCAUGGGGGUCCAGCUCAAGCCCCCUGCCCUCCGGCCCAAACCUAUGGUUGUGCUGCCCAAGGCUGGUCCGACCCAGCCUCCGGCACCCCCACCCCAUGAUCCCCUGGACAAGUCCUGUACCAUGUGAGCCAAGAUAGGAUGGCCUAAAAGAACCGCAGGACGACAAAGGGAAACUUUUAAACCUACCAAACAGCCUGCCAUGAGAGCGGUACUUUUCUUCAUUUUAAAUACCACUGAACAACCUUCUGGCUCUCACGUAUGGUUAUAUAAUUCCCUGUGUAGCGUCCCUUGCAUAUUCCACAAUAGGUCUGGACUAAAUGCUGUAAACUCUGGUUCGGUAUUGAAACUGCAGCUCCAGAAUCAAGCCCCUCUGUUCCUGUGGUGCUUUGGAAUCCAGCUCUAAAGGGGGGCAGGAAGAGGGUCGUUUACGUAGUAAUGUAAGCUGUUAUUCAUGUGCUAAUAAGAAAUAUACAGGUAAAUAAUAAACUGUAAAAUAGACAGCCAUGCUUGGACAUGGAAAAAACUGAGCAUUAAAUGUAAUUCAAGAUACACGUUUACCUGGUUAAAAGGUUAUAAUGUUACCUAAGCAUGUAGACGUGAGCUGUCCUGCUGUUUAGUCUCCAACAAAAAAACAGAGGCAUACUUUGACCUAAUUCUGAUGUAAAUCAGGUGCAGUAUGUAGAAAGCAGUCUACGAUAUGCAUCUGAAAACAUCUUGCAUGUACAUAGAACAUGUUAGGUUCUUCUGCAAUUCUCAGUAUAAAUAGACAAAGAAACUGAUUCAACGAAAGCAACAAAUCACAAAGGCUUCCUGUGUGGUUAGGAUAACUCAGUGUUGGUAGUUUAUAUCCAUAGAGGACUGCUAAAUGUGAAUAAUACAGAAACAAAGCAGGGUCUGUUGUUCUCUGUUUACAGCCUUUGGAUUGUGGGAAAUGUAGUUCUGUGUAAGGAUUGGACCUGAGCCUGCAGUUGAUGAGUUAAUAAGCAAUGAACGUGGUUUACUGGUAAAAAAGCAGCACUGCCACACGAACAACUAACCCUGUCUUUGACAGUGUUUCAAAAAAGGCUGCUAUUUUCUCAUUCUGAAAGGCAGUUGGGUUUUUUUUUAGGCCAAGUGAAAUAGUGUGUGUGCAGGGCUUUACUUUGGAUAUUAUAUUUUUGAUAGUAAUCAUAGUCAUGAUAUGUAUAUGUGCAGUUAUCAUCCAUGAGUUAAAUAACCUUGAUUUGCCUAAUAAAACAGGAGUUUAGUAAACUAAUUUUUCUAUUGCAAUGACUCAAAUAUAGAAUUUUAGAAUAAGAAAAACAACUGCUAAAACGCUUUGCUUUUUCAAAACCUCUUGCUUUUCAUUCUCCACAUGAACAGUUUUUCAGUGAAAAUCAAAUAUAUCUACAGCUGCUGAUAAGAGGCAUUAUGAACGGUUCUGUUUAGCGGCAACUCUGGCAACUUUUGUGCUCUUCUCAUAGACGGUACAGCGUUUCACUAGCUUCACUGUUCAGACUGACUAAAUGCUUCUCUCUCACUCUUUCUCUCACUCUUACUCACUCACUCUCAAAAUUAAGAACUCUUACUUGUAGAGCAUGAAUUAUGAUACUUUUUUUUGUUGUGAUAUGCAAAUAAAUGAAGUCUUUACAAAAAGACUCAAGGCAAUAUUUCUGUAGUUUCACCAAACAAAGGAAUGAUGCCAAUAGCCAUGGACUCACCGACUGUUACUGUAAAAUUUCCAUAUUACCAUCCCGCUUCUUGUGUGUAAGUGUUGGGAUCUGAUCUGGCUCAUGUGACCAACUGCCUAAUUUGUUAACAAUUUGCAACAUACUAUAUUUAAAGCUUUUAUGUGUGAAGUGUAUUGGAAACAGGUUGUCAAAGAUUCUAAGAGGCAUAUUGGACAUUUGUCCUGAUUACUUUGAUAAUAUAAUCUGAAUAUACCCAAAUCAGAAAGUUGUCAAACAGGUACCAAAUGUGCAGAUAGAUGAAUCACAGUGGCCAUUUGUGUUUGGAAAUGUGUUUCCUUUUUUUCACCGUUUCUAAGAAUAUAGUGUAUGGUCUUUGCAUACAUUGUAAGAAUCUGGCAUUUCAAAUAAUGGCCGAUUCUUAAAGCACAACAAUUCCAAAAAAACACUGUUGGCAUGGGCUGAGCUGAACAAUUGUCUGAGUGGCUUACGUGUGUGCGUUUGAAUGAUAGCCAUACAUCAUGUGCUCAUACAGAUGUUUAAGUUUAUAUUCAAAUAAGAAGAAGUCUGUUAUUGAUCUUAUGUUGCAAGCUAGACUUCAAGGGAAAUAAAAGUAAUACUUGUUGCAUAAUGUAUAAUAAACAUGAUAAUUAUUUUGCCUUUUAAAUUACUAAUUGUUGAAUUCUAAUAACAUUUUAAUAUAGGUUGUUUUUUGUAAGAUGGUGUACAGUGCAUUGCAGAAGGAAAAGGCUUUAUUAGAUUAGUGUUAGAUUUGUUUCAGGGUUUCUUAUGGACCUUGAAAACUGAUUUAUCCCUACACAACUGUGCACAGUAGCAGAACCUUCCCCUGAUUGCUGUUCUGUCAGUGUGUCCAUGUACAUCUGUAGUACGGACUUGUGAAAGUGCCUUUAAAAGCUGUUUUAGAGGAACUUGAAACCAACGUCCUCUGUGCUGUUGCGUUCAUUCUUCAGACCCAGUGCAGUGCAUAGGAAAAGACAGUGAAUGCAUUAUUAAUCAGUAAGAAUGGUCAAAUAAAGAUACUGCUUAUUCAUUGUGACAUUGCACUUUUAUGUAUAGGACUGUAUAUUUGGCAUGUAACAUCCUAACAUCCUAAGUGGUAGAGCUCUGUAGGGGGGCUACUCCCUGGAUUGUGUCUUUCUAAUAAAGAACAUAGUUUGGUCAGUC